AUGGAUCUAAUCGGUGCUCCCAUGGACAUCCAUAAUCACCGAUUCUUCCACCGCCCACCAUCUCAUCUGACUACCACGGACGUAAUCGAUAAACUGAAAUCCUCUCUUGCCGAAGCACUCGAGUUGUAUCCACCAGUUGCAGGAAUUGUGCGAGCCAAUGAAAAGGGCGAGCUUUAUAUCGCCAUGGAUGUCGAAAAUAGAUUGGGUACACCGUUCCUGGUCGAAAUGAAAGACACGCCGUAUGCUGGCGAUACUGAAGAUCUAUCUCCUCGACUUGUCAUGUUGCUACCUCCAUCAUCAAGCACAUUAGCAGUGAAAUUUUCCUGCGGAACGAUUGCUGUAGCCGCUUCCAUUCACCACCAAGUCACUGAUCUACGUGGCUUUCUCGAUUUUCUUGAAGUCUGGGCUCAACUCGCUCGAGACGAAACCAUCGACUUUACGAAAAUUCCAGAGGAUUGGUCUCAUACUCCCGGCCGAUUUUUUUCUGGUCUGAUCCCAAAAUCAACAGUACCAACGCCUCCUCCAGGAUUCAUGGUCCUUCCUGCUCCGGUAACCGGGCCACCUCCAUAUUUAUUGGCACCAUCAGAAGUUACAAGAUGGAAAUUUACGAAAACUGCUCUUGAACGAUUAAAGAAUGAUUUCUCGCCUUCUGCUUCUUCCGAAGGACACGAGUCUGAUCUGUGGAUUUCAUCGGGUGAUGCACUUGCUGCUCUUCUUGGCGGUGUCAUUACACGUGCUCGCGAAAAUGCAAAUGUGGCAAGAUUGCAAGGAAGAUCUAGUUUGGAGUCACAAAUCGAGACAUUUGCGAUGGCCGCUGAUGGUCGAGACAGAGCUCCUCAAGGAAACAUGUCUGAUGGACGAUACUUUGGAAACUUCAACCCCCUUUUCAAUACCGUCGUUUCUCGCUCCGAUUUAUUAUCCCUCACUUGUGAGUCAGCUUCUCGUGUUGCUCUGGCGGUUAGAAACGCUGUGAGGCUUCAACUUUCACCAGAAACCCUUGCCCACAAGAUUUCGUUUAUGGAAGCUCCCCAAAACACCAAACCUCCUGGUCGUAUUGCUUGGACAGCAGAUGUAAUAAUGACCAAUUGGUGUCGAUUUGAUUUACAGGGUCCAAAACUAGAUUUUGGUUGGGGAAAACCUUUUUAUGCAACGGCCGGUGGUGGUACUACUUAUCCACCUGGAUACAUCAUGUUGACGCAGGAGAAGAGUUCUGGAGAUGUUUUUGUUAUAAUGGCAGUGGAACGGGAAGGUGCGAAUGGGGUGAAAACUGACUCAUUGUUGAACAAGUAUGCAGAACUGGUCACACUUCCUUAA